AUGGCCUCGAAGUAUCAGUCGCCAUGGGAUGUUGAAUCGAUGAUCAGAAUAAGGCUGAAAUCAGCAAGCGGAAUUGGUAGCAGGUUUGAUUCACUUGCUGAAGAAGAUGAUGAUGAAUCAUUUCUUGAGUACCUCCAGUGGUUCUUAUCCCCGGAAAAUAUAAGCUUCUUAGGAGUAGCUGCAAAUGCAGAUUUCGAAGAAAUAAAAGCCGCUUACCCGAGGCUGUCAAAGGAAUACCAUCCAGACACCACAGAACUUCCUCUGAAAGCUGCUUCAGAAAAGUUCAUGAAAUUACAAGAAAUUUGCAAUGUUCUAAACGACGACGAGAAAUGCAAGUUUUACGAUUGGUCACUUGCAGCCAGUCGAGAAGCAGAGAAAAUGAGUAUGAAGCUUGAAGAUCUCUACAUGCAAGAUAUAGAGAAUUGGGAAUCCAUACCAAACAUGGUUAAGUAA